CUUAGAUUACAUCCUGCUAGCUGCACCAUAAUCCCCCGCUGCCCUAUCACUGCCACCCACUAUGCUAUUUCAAGGCCUUUAGUGGUGUGUUUUAGAAUGCAUCCAUUUAGGACAAUAUCUUUCUGAGACAGUCUCCCUUCCCAUCAGUCCUCAAGCGAGUCUGCAUUAAUGGCUGUUUUGUUUAUCUCCCUUUUAGGCUUUCAUUUCACAAUACUAAAGUGCUUCAUGGGUGUGAUGUCAUGUUGUACAUAUCUUUCUGUCAGGGUCAGACUACAUUUAUUAAUUACAAAUUGCAUAUUGACUAUAUUUUGAUAUUGCUCCGUACAGUGCAGUGGCAGUUUUCAAUCUAAAUUAAUUUUUUGAUACACAAAAGCAGUGUUUUUCUUCUCUUUUUUUUACUUGUCGUUUAUAGCGUUGCCGAAAACAUCAGCACACCAGCAGAUAACCAGGUGUAAUUUUUUAAAUGAGUCAUUGUUUACAGUAUGUGAAAUGACUGAACCACUAAUUGUUAGAGGCCAGCUCAGUACAUUGUCACAUUGUUUUAAUGCACAGGCGCACUCAGCAUUUAUUGUCAAAAUACUUCAUCUGAUAAACUUAAAAUUGCUGUGUUUAUAAAUUUGUUGCUCAUCUAAAAAUAUCGUUGGAAAAUUGCCAUAGCACUUCCUGCCUGCUAUGUGAAUGCCCAAAGAUUGCAAAACCAUGAUUAGGGGCUUGUGAAACUGACCAGCAGGGGUGGCUAAUUGUUUGAAAUACCAGCUCCGUGUCAUGCAUGCACCCUGUCAGACACUAAUCCCAAACAUUGAGAUUUUAGACUUUUCCCUGGUAAUUGUUGGAGAUUAGUUUUUAGGAUUGUUUAGACACAGUUGCUGGAGAACGGCAGGGUUUCUUCCUGUGCCGUGGCGAGGCGAGUAGAGCCGAUUGUUGUGUGUUCGAACGUCAGAGAGAUGUGCGUAGGUGGAGCAUGGAGUAAUGUGUGCCGUGUGUUUACAUUAGCGAGCCACAGGUGCCACAGGUGUCAUAACAAGAGAGGUCUCCUUAUUACGGUUCAGAGGUCUGCCCCCCCACCCCCGACAUAAUGUUUUACUGUAAACAUCGACUGUCAAUUUAUGGGACAUCGCCCAACCCUAGUAUCUGUCAUAUCCGCUUAAACAUCGGUACUUGACCACUAUUGCCUUUACUCCCAGGCAGAAAAAUGCAAUUGGUUUGCAAUUGGUUUGAGAGUAGAGUGGCAGUGCAGUUUCUGUAAAGCCGACCAACAUUUCAGCUGUUGCGUUGUAUAGCUUAUUCUGCUGUUUGAUGUUGAAAAUAACAAUCAUGAAAAGAGAUGUGGCUUAUGUUCAAGUUCAGCCACACUUCCACUGUAGUGUAAAUAGAUGUAGGCAUGAUGGAUGACAUUGUGGAUACAAGAAUUGCUCACAAAGCCUAGGACUCAGCGGUUAGACAUCGAUCAACAAGACAUAGUUUGUGUAAUUUAGUAAAAAAACACAUACUUGACGAUUAGCUCUUAAUUGUGUGCCAAAUAUUAUUCCUGAGGUCCUUGUUUCAUUGCCUUGUCCAUAACAUAGUUUCAUUUACAGAUUCCACAAACCUGAGGAAACCAUGAAAUCAAAAACAACAAGGGUUGUUUUGAGCAAAUAAUAUUAAAUGAUUGAGCUUCUCCUAUCCAGGGUUGUGAGUUAAGACAUUAUCUUGCUUCUGUGAUUCAGAAUUUGUUUAACAUUUGUGCAAUAUGAAAAAACAGAGGUAUUAAUGAAAUCAAAGACAGUUAUGUAAACUGUAUCAUGCAGUGCUUUUAUUAAAAUUAGUUUUGUAAUACCAUGGUUUCCAUCAGGCUGUAGAGUUUGGCUCGGCUUGUUAUGUUACACAAUUAUUUGCAUUUUCACUGUCAAAAUGUUUAGAAGUGUGCCAAAACAACUGUUUUGCACCCAUCCAUUGGAGCAAGCAAGAUAUUCUUGGUCUUACGGGGCGGCUAGACACACUGCAGUUGAUGUCAACAAAGAAUCGUCAUGUAUGUGCAACAGUAGGGAAGAUUCCUGUGUUUCUGUGCAGCCUUCUCUCAAGCAGAUCCUGACUUCUUCUUGUGAUAAAUGGCAACAUACCAAAAAGAAAGAACGUGGGAUAUGGUGGAUGUCCGCCAUUGUUUCUCUUUGAUUACGAUGUUGUGUUCUUCUUCUUUAUGGAUUUAUUGGAGAGCUACACUGAGUCAUGCUGGUAUGAGGCCACACUAUUUACAUGGUUAGGUGCACUUGCAUCAAUAUCGUCAUAAUGUACGUUUCUGGCUCACACAACAAACAGUGGAUAGACAAGUCAGAUCAGAGAUUAACCAUUCCAAACUGCACUGUGGUAUCAGGUUAUUAGCACCCCUACAGAUAUCUUCAUGGUGAUGGAAUAUGUCUCGGGAGGAGAGCUCUUUGACUACAUCUGCAAAAAUGGAAAGUUGGAUGAAAAGGAGAGUCGUCGGCUGUUCCAGCAGAUUAUUUCAGCAGUAGAUUACUGCCAUAGGCACAUGGUGGUGCACCGAGACCUCAAGCCUGAAAAUGUGCUACUUGACGCACACAUGAAUGCCAAGAUUGCAGACUUCGGUUUAUCAAACAUGAUGUCAGACGGAGAGUUCCUGCGAACAAGCUGCGGUUCUCCAAACUAUGCUGCUCCAGAAGUCAUCUCAGGAAGGUUAUAUGCUGGUCCAGAGGUGGAUAUCUGGAGCAGUGGUGUCAUUCUCUAUGCCUUGUUGUGUGGGACACUUCCCUUUGAUGACGACCAUGUGCCAACACUCUUUAAGAAGAUCUGUGAUGGUAUCUUCUUCACCCCACAGUAUCUGAACCCUGCAGUAAUAAGCCUCCUUAAACACAUGCUGCAGGUGGACCCCAUGAAAAGAGCAACCAUCAGAGAAAUCAGAGAGGAUGACUGGUUUAAACAGGACCUUCCCAAGUACCUUUUCCCUGAGGACCCCUCUUACAGCAACAACAUGAUUGACGACGAGGCCCUGAAGGAGGUAUGUGAUAAGUUUGAGUGCACUGAGGAGGAGGUCCUGACCUGCCUAUACAGUCACAACCAUCAAGAUCCACUGGCCGUCGCCUAUCACCUCAUCAUUGACAAUCGCCGCAUUAUGAGUGAAGCCAAGGAUUUCUACCUGGCAUCCAGCCCCCCCGACUCUUUUCUGGACGACCAGCACCUGACCUCAUCCGGUGCGGCUGUGGCCAGUGUUACGAAGCCUCACCCUGAGCGGGUACCAUUUCUUGUGAUGGAGACUCCGCCCAGGCCUCGCCACACGCUUGACGAAUUAAACCCCCAGAAGUCCAAGCACCAGGGUGUUAGGAGGGCAAAAUGGCACCUGGGUAUCCGCAGUCAAAGUAGACCCAAUGAUAUCAUGUCAGAAGUGUGCCGGGCCAUGAAACAGCUGGAUUACGAGUGGAAGGUAGUGAAUCCAUAUUAUUUACGUGUGAAAAGGAAGAAUCCUGUUACUGGGAUGCAAACCAAGAUGAGCCUUCAACUCUACCAGGUGGACAGCAGAACCUACCUCCUUGACUUCCGUAGCAUAGACGAUGAUAUGUUGGAGACAAAAUCUGGAACUGCUACCCCUCACCGCUCUGGGUCCGUGGGAAAUUACCGCACCACUGUUAAAAGUGAUGUAGAUGGUGGGGACACUCCACUGACACCUAGUAUUGUGCACCCCACAAAGGCAGGAGAAGGCUCCUUGGCGUCAUCGCUAACCUCGUCUAUCGACUCAACUGGAGGGGGUGACAGUGCCACUGUCCCUCGACCAGGAAGCCACACCAUCGAAUUCUUUGAGAUGUGCGCAAAUCUUAUUAAACUACUUGCACGAUAACUUGCAAAAACAAUCGCUAGCCUUUAUCCUCUCUGAGUGUCUUUAUAGCAAUAAGCAUGUAACCGACUCAUGGCUCAGUUUGUCCCAGCUGAGAAUGAAGUGAUAGUUCCAUGGCACUGAUGCAGGUUGGUGAUCCCUAACCUGAAGGGAUGUGUACUGAGCUGACAGGGGAUGUAAGGGGUUAUUGGAAAAGAUGAAUGACAAGCUACAUAAUAGCUAGGACAGAGCAACACAUGUGGGUUAUACAAUUUCCUGAUCAGUUUAAUAGUAGAUUUCCACAUCCCACCAACACACAUACGAGCAAGUGAUUACACUGAAUUUUCUGUACCGUAGACAGUGAUCAUUUCAGUACAGAGAACUAGACCAAGUUUUUACCUGCAGAGAAAGAAGCCUCAAAUUAAGGGUUGAGGAGCUGGCUGAUGCAGGAAGCACUUUUGCACAAGGUUCUUUAAUUUCCUGCUGCUCUUGUUUUUCUCUCAGUAGGGAUCAGAGAAGUAGUGUGGAUGUAUCCAGGUGCUGCACUGCCUAUGACUAGGGUUGACAUGCCCAUCAUUCAUUGGACUGUAAGAAGUGCAGUGAUCCCUGUGUUUCAGUCAUUUGUCGGGGAUUAAAGAAUGCUUCAUCAGAUUGGUUUUCUUUUCUGUGAAUCUGAUACUAAAUUGUCACCGUAUUGUCAAUGAUGUAAAAAUUUGCUUGAAAAUUAUCUGUCCCCGACAUUUUUUUUUUAUCUAAAGACGUAAAUAUAUUUAUCAGUAGAAAGAGUGUUGGUUCUAUUGGAAAUUGCCUUUUUUCUUUCUUGUGUUAACAUCUAUUGCUGGAUGGUAUAUAUCUUCUUUUUUUACUGUCUUGUUUUUUUUUGUAAAUCUAUCACAGAUUUAUUUUCUUUCAAUCACACUUAUUCAGUCAGAUACUUGAUUGUUUCCUGAUGAAUUAUAACCUGCUUUUACCAUUUAAGAUAUAUUUUGCCAUGACAGUCAGAAUCUAGAAAUAUCACGUUAUUUGACAUAUUACAAUGAAAAUUUCAUGUAGACUUUUUAUGUAUCUUUUUUUAAGUGAAUUAUUAGAAUUUGUGAAUGAUUACGACAUACGUGUGUAACAUGCCUUUGCCUACCUUUAAUUCCAAAAUGCCAAUCCACAAGUGUAUAGGCCUCAGGGCUCAAUUUGAAAAUAAGUAGCAACAAUUACAUGCAAUGCAUGGACAGUGUCAUCCAAAAUCUAAAUAUUGUAUUUUUUUGGGAUAUUUUUCCAUUUCGAAUGCCCACACAUUCCCUUGCAGGUUGACCUUGGAAAGGAAGUUGGCAUAUGUUUAAACCUAAAGCAGACAUUUAAGACUGUAAUUAUUAACUCUUGCUGGGUAGGUCAGAAUUUUGACCAACAGGAAAAAAAUCUCUCUUGGCUAAUUUAGUAAAAAUGUCCAACAGAAUCUGUUGCUUACAAUCUCUUAUAAUCAUAAGUAUCUUGUGUCUCCCUCUAUUUCUGGUCCAAAGUCUUGAAGCUUUAACUGGUGUCAGGUUGGCUCCCUUACCAUUAUCAUUAAUCUUUGUUUUAUGUGGGUAAAAGUUGGAAUUUAUACUACUUAUCAAAAUGAUUGGAACCUGUUUUUUUGGUUUUAGUCUACAAAUUAUGGCAUCUGCUUUGCUAAACAUUUUGGGGUAAAAUGACAAAACUCUUAACUGCACAAAGUUUUGGUGCUUCUUGUCAAACUUCUGUAGAUGUCAAUAACUGCUUCCAAUUUUAAAUAAUGGCACUAGAAAAACUAGAUUUAAAUUAUGGUCUUUUGAUAAAUUAAAAACUGGGUAUCAAAAAGAAGUUUGCAUGUUCUCAACAUUACCUCAGCAUUAAAAAUCUAAUAUAUCUAAUUUACAUAAACAAUUUUAUAUUUCAUUUCACAGAUGUACUACAUCUAUAAAUAAAAUUGACAAAAUUAUAUUAUGUUGUCUUCUUGUCCAGCAAAGUUAUUAUUUACAUCCAAGUUAAUGUUUGACCUUUAUGUCUCACCUUUAAACUAAAGGGUAUGACUCAUAGAGGUCAUGGUAAAGCAAUGCACUAUGGUCAUGGAAAAAAUAUAAUUGAAGUUGCAAGUCCUGGUGACAGAACUGUUAUCAUGUCUUACAUGAUUGGUUUUGUGGGAAAGAUGAAUUUGUGAAGCCGUGACCUUUUUGACAGCUCAUGGAAUACUUACCUUACAGACUGUAAGCAGUUGAAUUCAGUUGGUCUGUCUACAGCUUAAAAUGUUCUAUUUUUCUGUGGCGUGUAAAGGGACCCCACCAGAUUGGAGUGUAAAUCUGAAUGAACAGUGUUUGAAUCAUUUGUAUACACAACUGCCUAAUAAACUGCUAAACCGCA